GUUUUCUGAGCACGGAAGAUGAAGCCUCAUACGGCAAUUAUGGAUUGAAAGAUCAGUACGCCGCUUUGAAAUGGGUAAAUUCUAAUAUCAAAUCAUUUGGUGGUGAUCCCAAUCAAGUCACUUUGGCAGGACAUAGUUCGGGGAGUAUGAGUGUCAUGUAUCAAAUGAUUCACCCAAAAUCUUGGGGUCUGUAUAACAGACUUAUAUGCCUAAGCGGAGAGGUUACCGCUGAGCUGGGUUCUCAGAAAUUUCCCAGAAAAAUGGCUUUCAAUGUUGGUCUAAGUCUUGGAAUAGAAACUGAUAAUUCAACCGAAUUAGUCGAGAGAUUGCGACAAAUGGAUAUAGACCAGUUGAAACAUGCCCAGACGAAGGUAUUAAUAGCGGGUAUCCCGUACCUCUUAGAGAAUGGUUUACUAUUCACCCCAGUUGUGGAGAGAGACCACGAAGAUGCUUUUCUUACGAAGCCGACCAUCGAACUCCUCAGGAAUGGUGAAUUUGCGAGAGUUCCUCUCAUUACAGGAACCACUACGAACGAGGCAGCUUCUGUUGCUGGAUUUGUGAACAUUGUCCGUUUUGUGCUUCUAUUAUACGAGUGGAGUCCAGGUUUAUUUCCGAAUCAACUGAAUAAAAUCUUUAACCAAGCGACGUGAAGCUGCAAAGAAAUUGAGAAAUUUGCAGGAGUGGGACACAUUGAGGAUUUAUCCUUCAUUUUCAAAUACGAAAAUCAGGUAUUGCCUCCAGAGGGUAUUGAAAUGUCUAAAAGAAUUGGGAGAUUAUGGUCCAACUUCGCAAGAUAUGGAAAUCCAACACCAACAGUCGAUCCGUUCUUGUACAAUAUAACUUGGCCACAGAUAUCGCCUGAUUCCAAGCACAUUCCUCAUUUAAGAAUAGACACAAAUUUUAGUAUUGGCGAAAACUUCAGGAUGGAAUUCAUCGACUUUUUGAAUCAGCUAUCUAAAGACAAUAACUAAAUUGAUUUGAGUAGGUACUGAAGUAUAUAUUUUUGUAAAAUGCAUGAUCAAACAUAAUCCAACAAGAGCAUAUUAUAAGUUGAAUUUGCUGAUUAAAAUUCUCAUGAAUAUUUUCA